AUGCCCCAGAACCCGUUCGAACAGUACUUAGGAGAGAACAUAACCCGGCACCAAUAUCGCUCCGGCGAUGGCAGAGUUACAUAUACCAGCACCACUAUCCGCUCCCCGAUGAGAGGGAUGCCCUUCCAGCGACAACCUCCUCAAGGCAUGCCAGGAUCCGAUCCUUUAAUACCUCUUUUUGCGAAUCUUAAUGCUCUAUUUCAAGGAAUAGUCGCCUCUGGAAACCAGCCGCAACCACCUCCUGCAAAUGAACCUCCAGGGAUCAGAAGCGACUUUAGGGGCCAGCAGAAUCACGGUGAAGAGCAUACGACCCCAGUUGCGACUGUGGAUGAUAUAUUAAGAAUGCUCCAACAAGAUUUCAUGGAACGCAACGCCAGACCGCGAGAUCCAUCUGGUCGAAUAGGGGGUGUGCCUCUUGUUGCGCCAAAUCCACUCGAGAUUGUGGCGCGAAUAAUGGGAUUGGGGCGUCACGGUGACGCGGUUUAUUCUCAAGAGGAGCUCGACCGCGUAAUAUCAGAACUAAUAGAGCAAACAGCCAACAGCAAUGCACCCGGACCCGCGUCGGAGGAAGCCAUUCAAGCCCUGCCGAAGAAGCAAGUUGAUAAGACGAUGUUGGGUCAUGAUGGUAAAGCAGAAUGCUCUAUAUGCAUGGACUCUGUACAAAUCGAAGAAGAAGUCACCGAAUUACCAUGCAAGCACUGGUUCCAUGGAAACUGCAUCUCGGCGUGGUUAGUUGAGCAUGAUACAUGCCCGCACUGCCGCAGAGGAAUAAUGGAGACCUAUCGACAAAAUCAGUCGUCCCAGGAUUCUGCUGCUUCACAGUCAUCGUCUUCACCGCCUGGGUCGGGCAGCAGAUCAAACCCGUAUAUCGUAUCCGACGAUCCGUCAGAAUCAAAUGGCGCACAUAACAAUCAGCAACCUCCGUCAGGUGGCGGUGGGAAUGGUCGAUUUGCUUGGUGGAUGAGGACUCACUUCGGUGGGGGUGGCAAUAGCGGUAGCUAA